CUUUAACAUCCAGGCGUACGAAACGUAUCUUCAAUGUUUAGGUGGGUGCAGCUGCGUAGAAGACCGCCAUGGAAGGUCGCUCAUAUGUAUGGAAGAGAGUGCGUUUGGGGCCAUACCAGAGAACCUUCCAGAUGAUAUGACCAAAAUACGAAUAGAAAAAUCUCACUUUACUGAAAUACCCAGAGGGGCAUUCUCACAGACGCCCGCCUUGGAAAACUUGUGGUUAAACUUCAACGAUAUCACAGUGAUCAACUCAAAGGGUCUGGAGGGUUUGGUAAACUUAACCGAGCUCCGUUUGCAAGGGAACAAGCUCCGUUCAGUACCAUGGACAGCGUUCGAAGACACGCCGGCCCUGAAGAUCCUGGACCUGAAGCACAACAAGCUGGACGUCCUGCCCGAGCAUGCGUUGAAAUUUUUGCCAGAUCUGACUUACUUAGACUUAUCCUUCAAUCGGCUUACGGUCAUAUCGAAAGAGGUUUUCCAAAAUUGGCCUCUCUACCAGAAAGUACAGAACACGGAGGAGCGGGAGGGGCCCGCUUUCGGGCCGAACGUCGUCCUCGCGCUCCACGACAACGCGUGGGUAUGCGACUGCCGCCUGAAGGGCUUCGUGGAGUUCAUCAGAUCCCUGAGCCCCCCUAUUAUACUAAUGAACUCAUACUUGACCUGCUCAGGGCCGGAAUUUAAGGCGGGCAAGUUCUUCCAUGAGGUAGAGCUGCAGGCGUGCGUGAAGCCCAUCGUCUCCACCCCGUCCUCCAACAUCAGCCUGCCUCAGGGCGCAAACCUCACCCUGCGCUGCAUCGCCAAGGCCCGGCCAGACCCCGCGGUGUGGUGGACAUAUGGUCUGAAGAUAAUCAGAGGAUUUCAUGAGUCUCAGGAAAGAGUGGAAGAAAACACCAUCAGAUCCCUCCUGGUGAUCCCCUCUCUGCAUGCUGCUGACCGUGGUGUCUACACCUGCACUGCCGUCAACUUCAUUGGAAACUCCUCUGUCAGCGUCCUCCUGGACAUCCACUCUCCAGACGGCUCCCAGUCAUCAGUCCUCUAUGAUAAACCGGUUCCACCUGCUGCCAGUGAUGAAAACGUCUACAUUGACAUCCACAUUGCCAAACAGACCAUCCGUGGUAUUACCAUUAAGUGGUUCGCUGCUUUGGACCACCCUACAGAAACCUGGUUCACCAUCCACUUUGGCAGCGCAGGCAAUGAUAAGAAAGAAAUGAUCUUCAUCGGCCCUGGGAUUCACUCUUACUCCGUCUCUGAUCUGAUGCCUGCUACCAAAUAUGAAAUCUGUGUAACCCUUAAGAACCAGGCACCACGUAAUGGCCAGUGCAUUGUGUUUGUAACAGGAAGUGACAUUACCGAAAUGGAGCAGAGGGAGAAGCUGAUACAUAUAGUGGUUAUAGUUUUAGCCAUGGUGCUGGCGGUCCCUAUAGGUAUGUUUGCCUGCACCACCGACACUAAGUUUGCCUGCCUGGAGGGUAUCAUGGAGUCCUGGAAGAACCGGCGGAGAGAGAGAAGCUCUUCCGGGAUGGAGCGGGACAGGCAGGGCACCUUCGACAGCCUGCAGGCUGCCAGCGACGAGGGCCUGGUUAAUAAAGAUUCCAGUGAAGACAGGAAGGUGAGGAGAAGGUCAGAUGACAGACAGCAUAAAGGCAAAGCCGACCACAGCAGACUCGCAGCUGAACUGUAUUAA